UGGAAAGAGAGAGUGAAGCCACCAUCAGCUGUCUGGACCUGGUCCUGAAGUGGUUCACUCUGAGGUUUUUCGACACCAACACCACAGUAAUUAUGAAGGUGCUGGAGUAUCUGAAGAUGCUCUUUGCCAUGCUGAACAGGGAGAAUUAUCACCUCACUGAGUAUGAAGCCAACUCCUUUGUCCCCUACCUCAUACGGAAGGUUGGCGAGUCAAGAGAUGUGGUUCUGAAAGAUGUCCGGGCAAUUCUCACCAUGCUCUGUAAUGUCUAUCCGGCAUCAAAGAUCUUUCCUUUCCUCAUGGAUGGAACAAAGUCCAAGAACUCCAAACAGAGAGCUGGUGUGGAAAGCUCGCCUGAAUGGCUAUGAGGAAGCUCUGAAGCUCUUUCAGAGGGUUGAAGAUGAGAAGAGUCCAGAGUGGGGGAAGUACCUGGGCCUAAUAAAGACGUUUGUGACCGAUUCUAAUGCUGUGGCUCAGCUUAAAGGCCUGGAGGCCGCUCUGGCUUUUAUUGAAAAUGCACACGUCGCUGGCAAAACGACAGGUGAAGUAGUGUCGGGCGUAGUGAACAAAGUGUUCAACCAGCCUAAGGCGCGAGCGAAGGAGCUGGGCAUGGACAUCUGCCUGAUGUACAUCGAGAUCGAGAAGGCUGAGAUGGUUCAGGAGGAGCUGCUAAAAGGACUGGACAACAAGAACCCCAAGAUCAUGGUGGCCUGUACCAAGACCAUCACCAAGGCCCUCAGUGAGUUUGGAUCCAAGAUUGUCUCUCUGAAGCCCGUGGUGAACGUUUUACCCAAGCAGUUUGAGUCCAGGGACCAAGCUGUGAGGAAUGAAGCCAAACUGCUGGCUGUGGAGAUCUACAAAUGGAUCAGAGACGCUCUGAGACACUCGUUACAAAGUAUUAACUCUGUACAGCUGAAGGAGCUGGAGGAGGAGUGGGUGAAGUUGCCUCCAUCUCCACCCAAACAGACCAGGUUCCUGCGCUCCCAGCAAGACCUGAAAGCCAAGUUUGAACAACAAGCCCAAGGAGGAGACAACUCUGAAGUUUAUUGA